CUACCUCACUAUUUGCCUAACGGGCAUGGCUGGUUCUUCUCCGUUGCAUCCUUCUCCUCCAACUCUCAUUAAUCUCAACUUCCGGAGAAGUGAAUUGGGUUACUUUCAUUCUUCAACUACCACCCAUGUUCUCAAUUCCAAGCUCAGGCACUGUCCUCUCAGGAGCCAAUCGACCAGUACUGAGGAACCAAAAACAAAGAGAAAUUUACUGGACAAUGCAAGCAACCUCCUUACCAAUUUUUUAAGUGGUGGGAAAAUUGGGUCUAUGCCCACAGCUGAAGGUGCCGUCACCGAUUUGUUUGAUCGGCCUCUCUUCUUUUCACUGUAUGAUUGGUUUAUAGAGCAUGGCUCUGUGUACAAGCUUGCAUUUGGACCAAAAGCUUUUGUUGUUGUAUCAGAUCCAAUUGUUGCGAGGCAUAUUCUUCGAGAAAAUGCAUUUAGCUAUGACAAGGGAGUUCUCGCUGAUAUUCUAGAGCCAAUUAUGGGGAAAGGACUUAUACCCGCUGACCUUGACACUUGGAAGCAGAGGAGAAGAGUUAUUGCUCCGGGAUUCCAUUCUUUAUACUUGGAAGCUAUGGUCAAGACAUUCAGAAAUUGUUCAGAAAGAACAAUAGUAAAAUUUGAGAAGCUACUUGAAAGAGAGAGCUUGCGUGGUGGCAAGGCAAUAGAGUUGGAUCUUGAAGCAGAGUUUUCGAGUUUGGCUCUUGAUAUUAUCGGGCUUGGUGUCUUCAACUACGACUUUGGUUCUGUUACCAAAGAAUCUCCUGUAAUUAAGGCAGUUUAUGGCACUCUUUUUGAAGCUGAACAUCGGUCCACCUUUUAUAUCCCGUAUUGGAAAUUUCCACUGGCAAAGUGGAUAGUCCCCAGGCAACGGAAGUUCUACGGUGAUCUGAAGGUUAUAAAUGACUGUCUUGAUGUACUCAUCAGAAAUGCGAAGGAGACCAGAGAGGAAACAGACGUUGAAAAACUGCAACAAAGGGAUUACUUAAAUCUGAAGGAUGCAAGCCUAUUGCGUUUCUUAGUUGAUAUGCGUGGAACAGAUGUUGAUGAUCGUCAGUUGAGGGAUGAUUUGAUGACAAUGCUUAUUGCUGGCCAUGAAACGACAGCUGCUGUCCUUACGUGGGCUGUUUUCUUCCUUGCACAAAACCCGUCCAAGAUGAAGAAAGCGCAAGAAGAGAUUGAUUCAGUGCUUGGACAGGACGGACCAACUUAUGAAUCAAUCAAAAAAUUGGAGUACACCAGACUUAUUGCCGUAGAGUCUCUUCGUUUGUUUCCCCAACCCCCCUUGCUUAUUAGACGUUCUCUCAAACCAGAUAAACUACCAGGAGGAUACAACGGUGCAAAAGAUGGUUAUGCGGUUCCUGCUGGGACUGAUCUCUUCAUUUCUGUAUAUAAUCUCCAUCGAUCUCCAUACUUUUGGGACAAUCCUAAUGAGUUUGAACCGGAGAGGUUUUUAGUCGAAAAGAAGAGUCACGUUGAAGGAUGGGCUGGUUUUGACCCUUCUCGAAGCCCUGGAGCGUUGUACCCGAAUGAGAUUAUAGCAGAUUUCGCCUUCUUACCUUUCGGUGGAGGGCCAAGAAAAUGUGUCGGAGACCAGUUUGCUCUAAUGGAGUCAACUGUGGCACUGGCUAUGCUGCUGCAGAAGUUCACCGUCGAGCUAAAAGGAUCCCCAGAUUCAGUGGAACAAGUUACAGGGGCAACACUGCAUACAAAGAACGGAUUGUGGUGCAAGUUACAGAAGAGGUCGAUAUAAACUGACAUACCGAACAACAAUACACAAAAGGAUCACUGAUGAUAAUUGUGCAGUGCAUUCUUCUUUGUAACACAGCUACAAGCUCGGCAUAUAUUUGACGGAAAAGCAUUCGUCUUCUAUUGUCAUAUACAAUAAUUUUGUUAGCAAUGAAAAAGGAAGAUUGUUGCAUAA